AUGUCAUUCACCUCUCUGCUUCCAUCUCCAAAGCAUUCAGAAAGUGAGCAGUCUAAGGAGGCCACCCAGACUCGAAGAAACCAGGAACACGUGCUGAAUGCACUAGUUCACCAUGAUAAUGAAUUAAUUAAGACUAUGCCGGAAAGUGAUACCAACCUUGACUCUAUUGUAGCUCAAAAACUUACCUUUCAGGAUAUAAUCCCCAUGCGACAACGAAAUUUCAAUCUACAUAUACCGAAGCCAUCUAGCGAAGAUAUUGAAGAGGCAUACAGGCGUACCAAGAGAGUUUUCGAGAAAGUGCUGUCAAAUCAUCUUCAAAAAAGGUCCACAACCGUCAAAAGCUCAAAGGAAAUCAACGACAGUGCUUAUGAGUUAAGAUACGAUACGGUUCAGCCUUCCGGAGCGCGUCGAACAAGGAUCUUAACUGUUGUAGAUCAAGCCAAAGACCCUUUACAACCGAAUACGAUAAAGGCAACCAAAGUGGUAGCUCCAACCGAUGAGGAAGAUAUCACUCCGAUUUUGCAUAAGACGUUAGGUACGGAUCCGGCAGAGAUAUUAUCAAAAGAGGAUCGUGACAUGUGGAAAAUUCCAGCCGCAAUUUCAAGCUGGAAGAAUCCAAAAGGUUACACCAUCGCCCUAGAAAAACGUUUGGAAAUGGAUGGAAGAUUUAGCUCUGAACAGUUAGAGGGUCACAAGAUCAGUGAUGGAUUUUCGAAACUUUCAGCUGCUUUAGAAAGCGCUGAUCGGAAGGCAAGACAGGAAAUCAAACUAAGAGCAGAGGCCAAGAGACAAUUAGCUGAAGAAGAAACCAUAAAGAAAGAAGAAAGGUUGAUGAGUUUGGCUCGAAAAGCUCGAGAAGAUCGAGAGCAGUAUAGAAACUUACACAAUGCUAUCAGUAGUCAUUCACCGGAGAAUGAUAAUGAAACUCAACGAAACUUUUCAAGGGAAAAACGCAAGCAAGAGCUUCAACACGGGAUCAGAAAAUCCAAAAUGAGCACAGCAGAUAGGUUGCGAGAGCUCGCAUAUUCACAGGGUAGAGAUAUUUCAGAAAGAGUAAUACUGAGUGCUGCUAAGGUAACUGAAUCAAAAGAAGCAAAUUAUGAUUCGAGGUUAUUUUCAAAAGGCGCGAAUGCCCAAGCUAAAAGACAUGAGGAACAGCUUUAUGAUCAGCCGUUAUUUGCGGGACAGAAUAGUAGUGGGAUCUAUAGGGGCAAUCUAGAGCAAGUGAAUAGUACUGGCUCAAGCGCAGCACAAAAUUCGGGAAUUGGUGAAACCAUCCAUUUCACGAAGGCCGAUAAUGACACGUUAUUGGAGAGUACAGAGAAGAAAGAAAAAUGA